AUGGAUCCGAAUCAUUCUUCUUCUGCUCCGGUGGUUCCGAAUCGUCCUCCGAUCGAUCAAUAUGAGAAUCCCUAUUAUCUUCACAACUCUGAUCAUGCUGGACUUGCUCUCGUCACCGAUCGUCUUACAACGGGAGCUGAUUUUCAUGCUUGGCGUCGUUCUGUACGGAUGGCUCUCAACGUCAGAAACAAACUUGGCUUCAUUGAUGGUACAAUCUUGAAACCUCCUGAUAAUCAUAGAGAUUCUGGUGCUUGGUCAAGAGGCAACGAUAUGGUCUCUACUUGGUUAAUGAAUUCGGUUUCAAAGAAGAUAGGUCAGAGUUUGCUUUUCAUGUCUAGCGCUGAGAGUAUGUGGAAGAAUCUCAUGUGUAGAUUCAAACAAGAUGAUGCUCCGAGAAUCUUUGAGAUAGAACAAAAGUUAAGCAAUAUACAGCAAGGAUCUCUUGACAUUAGUACCUAUUUUACAGAGCUUGUUACUCUGUGGGAAGAGUAUCAAAACUAUGUUGAUCUCCCCGUCUGUACAUGUGGAAAAUGUGAAUGUCAUGCAGCUGUUUCAUGGGAUAAACUUCAGCAGAAGAGCCGAGUUAUGAAAUUUCUGAUGGGAUUGAAUGAAGCAUAUGAUUCUACUCGUCGUCAUAUUCUCAUGUUGAAACCUAUUCCCUCUCUUGAAGAAGUUUUCAACAUGGUAACUCAAGAUGAACGACAGAAGAACAUCAAGCCACCUACGAAAGUUGAUAAUGUGGUUUUUCAGAACUCUGUUUCUGACUCUGAGGUGUAUAAAGGUCCUUCUGAGAAUAUGGCUUAUGCUGCUGUUAACAAUAACUACAGAGGUCGACCUCGUCCUAUCUGUACUCAUUGUGGACAAGCAGGUCACAUUGUUCAGAAAUGUUUCAAGAUCCAUGGAUAUCCUCCUGGACAUCGAUAUCAUAAUGCCAAUUCUCAGCGAUCACCUGCUCAAGCUGGUUCUUAUUCUCAGAGACCUUCUUCUCAGAAUCCCUCAAAUCAAUCUGCUGGUGGAUCUUAUUCGAAGAACAACACUGCUGCAAACGUUACUGUUGCUUCUUCUUCAGCUCCUCCACCAUCUACUUUGGAUUUGAGUUCCUUCCGUCCUGAUCAAGUACAACAUUUGAUUCAACAGCUUCAGUCUCAUGCGAGAGUUUCAGACUCUGUUCCUUCACAUUCACUUGCUCAGUCUUCUAUCACAGAUAAGGGUGUCAUGGCUGUUCAAUCUUCUAGUGGUACAAUUCCUUUUCCUUCAACUAGCCUUCGUUAUGAAAAUUACUCUCUCACUUUUCAACAUCAAACUUUAGCCUCUCUUUCUGAUCAUUUACCGAUGGGUUCCUGGAUAAUUGAUAGUGGAGCUACCACACAUGUUUGUUAUGACCUGACCUUGUUUAGUUCAGUUACCACGGUUGCAUGGGUCACGGUCUCAUUACCAAAUGGAACUAGAGAACCCAUCACUCAUACUGGCACUGUGCAUUUAUCUGAUUCUUUAAUUCUUCAUGAUGUUCUUCAUGUUCCAUCUUUUCGCUUUAAUCUCCUAAGUGUUAGUAGCUUGUUACAUCGUGAUCAUCACUCUGCUCAUUUUUUCUUUGACUCUUGUUACAUUCAGGCGCAUACUCAGGACUUGAUGAUUGGUAGAGGUUCUUUAAUUCGCAAUCUUUACAUACUGGACACUCAACUAGCUUCAUCUUCUUCGUCUGUGAGCUUCUGUGGAUCCUUGAAGGUUGAUGGCUCUCUUUGGCAUCACCGCCUUGGACAUCCAUCAUCUGCCAAGUUACAGCAUUUGUCUCCUCAUAUUCAUAUAGAUAAGUCUACUCAUUUAGAAUCUUUCCAUUGUCCUGUAUGUCCUCUUGCAAAACAGAAAAGACUUCCAUUUCCGAGUCAUAAUAACAUGUCUAGUGCUCCAUUUGAUCUUGUUCAUAUGGAUGUUUGGGGUCCGUUUGCUGUUGAGUCUGUAGAGGGUUGUUAA